AUGGCGGGAGGAAUCUUCUCUCCUUUUGACAACUUGUGGGACUCCGACUGCGCCAACUGCCACCCCUUGGUGUGUCACCUGUGUCAUGAGCAGUAUCAGCAGCCCUGUCUUCUGGAUUGCUACCACAUCUUCUGUGCCAGCUGCUUAAUAGGCAGAGCCAGUGAUAAUCGUCUCAACUGCCCCCUCUGUGGAUAUGUAUCAGUCAUUAAAGGGACAAAUGCCCUCCCGCCAGAAGACCGUCUGUUGAAAUUUCUGGUAGAUAAUUCUGCAGACAGUGAAGAAAUAGUGCAGUGUGCUAACUGUGACAUGGAGUGUAAGAUACAGGAGGCAGGAGCGAUGUAUUACUGUAACACCUGUAGCCAGCCCCUGUGUGGAGAAUGCAGAGACAGUACCCACAGAGCCAGAAUGUUCUCCUGCCAUGACGUCGUCUCCCUGGCCAAACGCGCUAAGGAAGGCCACAAGAAAUGCCCGCUUCAUGAAGAACUUUACAUCAUGUUCUCCACAGAGAAGAAAUCGAUGCUCUGCAUCAAAUGUUUUAGAGACAUGCAAGUGGAGAGCCGAACCCAUUGUAUAGAUAUUGAAACGGCAUAUGUCCAAGGCUGUGAAAUAUUGGACCAGGCUGUGAUGGCCGUGAAAGAGUUGCAGUCGUCUGCACGAGAGGCUAUUGUCCUGCUCAAGGCCAUGAUCAGAGAGGUGCAGACCAAUGUGGAAGAGGAAGAGAGCGCCAUCUGCAGCCUGUUCAACAGCAUGCAGGAAAAACUGGCAGAAAGGAAGAGAGUCCUGCUGAAAGCUGCUCAAAGUCAACAUGAAGAAAAGGAAAAGGCAUUUAAAGAGCAGCUCGCUCACCUGGCUUCCCUUCUCCCCACUCUACAAGUUCAUCUUGUCACUUGCUCAGCUUUUCUGAGCUCGGCCAAUAAGUAUGAGUUUCUGGACAUGGGCUAUCAGCUGAUGGACAGAUUGCGAAAGAUUGUAAAGUUGCCUCACAGACUCAGACCGACCCAGAGCAGCAAGAUCAAUACAGACUACCAUGCCGAGUUUGCUCGCUGCCUGGAGCCUCUACUGUUGCUGGGCCAGCGUCGGCCAGGCUCUGUGGCAGGAGGAACCAGCGUGGGCAACCUGCUGCAGUCCCCUCUGUCCCUGUCGUGUCGCUCUCCCUCUCUCAGUGACAUGCCGCUGGGCUCCUCACUGGGUCGUCGGCCCACCUCUCACCGCUACAUCUGCACAAAGGUCCUCCUGGCCGAAGGCACUGACACACCUUUCACCGAGCAUUGCCGCAACUAUGAGAACACCUACCACACUCUGCAGACAGAAAUUCAGAAGCUGAAGGAUCAGGUGCAGGAGAUGCACAGAGACUUGACCAAGCACCAUUCGCUCAUUAACACAGAGACUAUGGGGGAAAUCCUGGAGAGGUCCCAGCUCAUUGACAGCCAGAUCACCUCUCAGUACACCACUGUGCAGACCCUCAGGGCCAUGUUUGAGGAGGAAUGGGAAGAGACCUUUCAAAGAGUUUCAAAUGAACAGGAAAUCUAUGAAGCUCAGCUGCAUGACCUGCUCCAGUUAAAGCAAGAGAACUCCUAUCUGACAACCAUCGCACGACAAAUAGGGCCCUACAUCUUGUCCAUAGCCAGAGUGAAGGAACGCUUGGAGCCCAGGUUUCAGGAGCCAAAAGAACUUGAGGAUGAUCGCACAGAGUCCAUGCUUAAGAUCUAUGAGGACAGCACUAUGUCCUCUGAAUCACCGCACAGUGACAAAGAGAUUUGUUCAGCUGACUUCGACUGGGAUUCAAGCGUGGACAAGCAGUCCCUAAUCCUGAGGCCAGACGAGUCCUUGUUCAAGAACAACGACUACUGCUGGUCAAACAAGCAAAGGAGCAUACCAGAGAUGGCCAGUCACAAGGAACUACCACUAUAA